AUGGUUACAGCUACCACUCAGUUUCUGUUCUCCCAGCACUCCUGCAAAAUUCUUCACCUGGUGAGGCAUGGACAAGCGAUGCACAACGUAGAAGCAGAGAAGAGUCUUGAGGCAUUAUUGUCUCCUAAACUAUUUGAUGCUGAGCUCUCUGAUCUGGGUAGGGAGCAGGUGGCUAAAUUACGUAAGCGUGUUCUAGCAAACGAACUACUAAAAAAGAUCGAUUUAAUUGUCGUUUCUCCUCAGUUAAGGGCAAUGCAAACAGCAGUUGGAGUUUUUGGCUGUGAAGACCACAUGAAUGUAUAUGGGUUAGAUAAAUGUAAACCUCCAGUUACGGUGGCAAACGAUCUCAAUGCAAAGCCAGGUCUCAAUUGCUGCAGUUGCCCUGCAUUCUUAGCUUUUGAGAAGUGUCGAGACCGUAUGAUGGAAAGUGACGAAGAUGAAUUGUGGAACCCUGAUAUCAGAGAGUCUUAUAAAGAGAUUUUUUAUAGAAUGGUGGAAUUCGUGGAAUGGCUGUGGACGCGACCAGAAAAAGAGAUUGUAAUAGUGAGCCAUGGUGUAAUCUUGCAGUUCUUACUUUAUGCUUUGGAAAACGAAGCUCCUCCUCAAUCAAACGAAACUCUAUUAUCGACCAAACGCAUGAUGGACUCAGAGACAGAUUCCUCUGCACCGCCUACCCUUUGCGGAUAA